AUGGAAACACCAGCCAAGGCAAAGCGCGGGUCCAGUGACGACGAGCCGUGCACGCCGAAGAGGCUAAAGAUCGGAGACGUCCGUCGCAACAUCAAGCUGGCGAAGCUAGGUUGCGAAUAUCUCUAUAUCGAAAAAGUCCAAAACAACAUGGAACUUAUCACGCUUGAGGAAUCCCCUGGCCAGGAUGGAUUUCUUAACCCUAUUCGCGAAGAUAUUGAUAACAACGGGCAUCUGUCGCAGUCUCAUGCAUUGACAACCAUAGUCACGCGUCGUAUCUCCAUUACAAAUGAGAACGAUUGUUUGAACAUUAGAGCCACGGGUAAAGCACAUGAAUUCUACCCCCGCCAGUUUAUCCUCGCGUGGCCAGAUAAGGAGUCAACAAAGCAAACCAGAGCCAAAAAGCUCACUGAUAUUGCAGCUUUCCUCAACUCCAAGGAAGAGUCGCGCAGCCUUCGUCGCGACAGUCCUUUGAAGAAGCUAGCAGACAAGCGCAAAGACGCCAAUCUUCGAAAGUACAUUGUUCCAAAAAAUUAUGAUCUCACGCCCUCUGAUGAAGGAAUGUUGCACAAGUUGGGUCACUUUGUUAAGCCCGCUCACGUCGUGGGGCUCGUGCGAAGCUCCUAUGAAAAGGCAAGUGGCUCGUGGUACUGGAACUUCCGUGCUUUCGCGAAAACAUUGUUUGAUUCGCCGUAUCCGACCAUUGCACAAGCCGAGCUCGGUUAUCCUGAGGAGGAAGAUUGA